AUGAUCAUCUCUAAUAUGAUAUAAAAUAUAUCUCGUGUAUCAGAUAAGAUGUAGACAGAAACUAAUUCAAUAAUCUACUCUUUAAAUAAGUUUAAGAGAAGUAGUUUAAAGAAUAGAAAUUACAAACAAUAUCAAGAAGAUUUCAUCAAUACAAAUGAAAUUUAAUUAAGAAGAAAGAGUUGCUAUUGUAGUGAAUGUGGUCAACUAAGUUAAUUUCAAUAUAAGCAUAUAAAUAAUUAUGUUUAGAUAAAAAAAUGCAUAACUCUCUAAAAAAAUUAGAUGAUGAGCAAAUCAAUGAAAAUUAUGUAAAAUUCAUUAACAUUAUCACAUAAUAGUCCUACUUCAAAUAGAUCAUCUAUUCUAAUUUAGAGACAUUAAUUUAGAAUGAAUACUUGCAGAGAAAUCUAAUAAUCUCACAUUUAUAAUAUAUCACCUGCAAGAUUAACUUCAAUGAAAGAAAAUGCAAUUGUCAAUAUCAAUAAAAAUAAAGAAUAUUAUUAUAAUGAAUUAUUGGAAUAAAUUAAGAAAAAGAAUCGAUUACAUUUUCGUUAACUUAGUGUACCUUAAACAAAAAAAGAGUAAGAACCUUAAUUGAUUAAAAAACAUACUUAAACAUCUUCAAUCCAUAGAAAAUAGAAACCAGAUAUUAGACCAUAUUUUAGUCAUUUAAAAUUGAAACCAAUAAAUUAAAAAUUCUAAACUUCUCACUUUGAAAUCUGA